AUGCUUGCGGCAGGCACCUGCAUCCUGGGGGUCUCGCUCUCCGUAUUCUUGCUGGCAGCCAUACCCACAAUGCUGGCCAUGCGGCGCAGCGCUCGAGCGCUGGAGUUGCUGCUGCUCACGGUGCAGGCAGAAGUGCCUGACACAGCAGCUACGUUGCGCUUAUCGGGCAUGGAGCUGGCUGACUGCAUACAGGAGGUGGGGGCACUCAGCACUGACCUGACCGAUGGCCUGCGGGCGUCAGCACGGGCGCUUGCCAGCGCGGAGCAGGGCCUGCGACAGGGGGCUAGCAUGGCGGGCAAGGCGAUGACAGGAUACGUGCUGCCGCAAGCCAAGGACAAGGUGGAGGCAGCGUUGCAGGAGCGGGCGCGGCUGGAUUACACUGCUGCGGUGCCCAAGGCCAUCCGCCCGCGGAGAAGCUGGGCGGACCUCGAAGAGCCUGCCUCUGGAGAGCUCAACGCCGGCAGCACCACCAUGGCAGCCACCGCCGCUGCCACCAACAGCAGCGGCGCCGUUCGCGAUGUUGACCCAGCGGGCCUGGAGGCGGGCCUGGCAGAGCUGCGCCGCUUGUUUGCAUCAGAGUGCUCCCUUAGCACCUCUGCCCCCGGGUUUGGCGUGUCGCCGCCCGUGCGCUCCGGUGCCGCCAACGGCCUGGUGCACGACUCGCUGUGGCGCCAGGAAGCGCCUCGCGCCUGCAAGGCCAGCCUACGCGACUAUCGCCUGCUCAUGACCAGCCCCGACCAGGGCCUGCAGCUGCUGGCCGGCGCAGUGGAGGGUGAGGAUGCCGACAUGGAGGUUGCGCCCUCCGCUGCCUCCUCCCGCUCGAUGGCCAGCAGCCGCGCAUCGCCUGCGGUGCCUCUAGGGGGCUGGCAGCACGCCCACUGCCCCUCUCCAGAGCCCACCGACUUGUUCAGCUACUGA